AUGAGUAAAGUCGGGCACGUCCUCCAAAAUGAGGAAUGGAAGAGAGGGCUUGUUCUUCGGAAACGGCGAAGAGAGCAGAGUAAUAAAGAAAAAAAUCAGGGAGGAAUGAAGGAAGCGAAAGCUAAGGGACAUCCAGUCCUACGUGAAAAGGAAGAAGGAGCUAUACAUGUACCAGCCUAUUUGGCUGACUCAAGUCAGCUUGUUCAAAUCAAUCCGUCAGACAGAAUUGGAGUAGUGAAGCAAAUCGUAGGUGAAACCCUUGAGACACUCACCAGUGAGACAAUUCUCAUGAUAACAGAAGUUCAGGCUGUGGAUGCAGGCGACUAUGAGUGUCGGCUUUACAAGCCAACUAAAUUCACAUCAAAUAGACUGGACGCCUCUCGAGUUUCAUCCAAGGUAUUUAAGAAGGAAGAGUGCCUAUUUUGCAAUGAAAGAAUGAUUAAGGUCGCAGGUGAUAACGGUGAGGGAACUAGGCAAGGCAUAUCAAUUAUACGAGCAAGUGGAGACAAUGAGGAAGGCUGGUGGGGUAGAAAGAUCUUCGAGAAGAAAUUGGAGGAUGAAAUCAUUGACAGAGCCUUUAUUCGCAUAAAAGGUGAGUCAAUCUCCCAUAAAACGAGAUUUUGA